GUGGCGGAUAGGGGGAGCUAAGCAUGGUCUUUUUCGACACAUUGGACAUAAUGGUCGAAAACGACGACGCUAGCUCGAGAUAAGGCAGACCUGACUAGAUACAUUUUUGACAAAUGGUCUAACAAGCCUGUCAUAUCUAGAUGAGUGCAUGAAUCAGGACAAUCUUUUAUCACAUCAGUGGAUACAUUUUUGACAAAUGGCCUACUGAUAUGUAAAGAGAUGGUAGAGUGCUGAUAUGAUUUAUGGUACACCUGAUAACAGGCGGUCAUAUAUGAUAACAGGACUUCUCCUGUUCCCCAUGCACAAAUCCGCGGACCAAAACUGUCAACCCCACCCCCAUCCCCAUAUUUCCCAAUCCACCUAGUUUAUCCCUCUUCAAUCCAAUCCCAAGAACCCAUUCCCUCAUCCCCCACUUGUAAGGUUAAGGUGGUUGGAAGCAGUGCCGAGAACCUGAAUGGCUAGUUAGUGGUUAAAGAGGACUAGUCGUUAACAGCUCCCCUCCGAUGCCAGGGCACGGAUCGGUUGUAGUGCUUAGCCUAGCCCACGUACGCCGUCCCUGCGUGGGUCGUCCACCCAUUACGCGCCUACUCGUGGGAAUCACAUGGAGAAAAAAACAAAUAAACAAACAAACAACAAACAACCCGUGGAAAGCCAGUUGGGGAAACCUAAACUGGUGGACUGCAAACAGCCUGCUAUCCAACCUUCUGGUGAUAGCACGGCUGAACGCAGCGAGGAAAUCUUGUCCGUAGUGGCAAGCACCUCAUCAGCUGCACAAGCCUUAGCUGGUACGCCAGCAAAUACCCCUGCCUCGGGCACUGCGGACCAAGCAGUGACCCCCGCGACUUCUGGACAGGUUGGAUCGUCGAACUCGAUGUCGGGUCCAACUAAUGCCCCCUCAACCGCCCUCACGGCUAACGAAAACCCCCCUAGUCGCAAAGAUCCAUCUAGGAAGGCUUUUGUUCAAAGGCGUGCCGCCAUGCGUUUAGUCGAGCGACUUGGAGUUAAGUCGGUCGAUACGCUUACCCCGGACGAAAAAUCGUCCCUAGAUUGGGCUAAAGCCCUACUGGCUCAGCCGGAGUGUUCUGACCCUCCUACAACCUCAGAUGCAGCGGACCAAGCUACAUCUGCAGGGCCUAAACGGCAGCGAUCGGAGGAAGAACAUGCUCUCCAGGCAGUCCCACAGCCGAAGACUAAACGUCAGAAGCAGUUCGAGACUCGUAUAGUCAAUAGACCCUACAGCGAAGUUGCCAAAAACCCGCUGGUUAGGGCCAUUGUUGACAAGAGUGUCAACGACGGAGCUAUCUCCCAGGAUAAAUGGUUGAUAAUCCGUCAAAAAAUGCUGGAGGUGUAUUGGAAAAUUCUCAAAGAGAAUCCCGGUCCAUCUCCGCAGAAUGAUGAUGCUGGCUGGUACCAAGGUCACAUCAAACUGCUGGCGUGCACGAACGAGCGCUCAGCAAACUUGCUUAAGUUGGCGGUUACGUCUAUAGGGGAAGUGUGGCCCGGCGCGAAACUUGACGUGAUCCCGGUUAGUGAGAUACCUCGCAGACCGAGAUCAAUCACGGUUAUUCCGGCGGAACCACACGAACCAGAGGCGAUUCUGGCGUACCUUCAGAGUGGAAACCCUGACCUACCUACCCACAAUUGGAAGGUAGUCAAGGUCUCCGAACCUGAAGGUGCUAACAGAAAGGCGGUCGUGGUCCUUAAUAAGGAAUCGUUGCCGUUACUCCGAGAGAAGCAAGGCAAAGUAUACUACGGAUUUGAUAGUAUCAAGCUGCGCGUCUACCGGGGUGACGACAAACUAGACCCCAAACCGGUAAGCACGGACGGAGGAAAGGUAGACGAUACCACUAACUCUGACGACCAAAUGGACGCCCAAUCAAGUACAGACUUGAUUGGGAAUCUAUUUGAUAGCCAGGGCGAAGUGAUUGACGAAGACGAGCUUCUGAAAACAGACCCAGAAGACGCCGACGUCACAAUCGUCUACGACCCUGACCAAGAUGAAGGUGAUCCAAGUGAACCUUCACCACUCUAAAGCAGCUUCAGCUGCAUUACACCUCCACCUUGGAUAUCAAGGGGAGGAUAUAGCGUUGAUCCAAGAGCCGUGGACCCAUAACGGCAACAUACUUGGAAUCAACAUAAAAGGCUAUAAAAUACUAUACGCAAAAGGCACAGUGAUGAAGAUACAGUAACCGCAGCAUGGGAGACAGAGGAAUCCACAAUGUGGAUCCUCUCCUGCUAUAUGGCGCACGACCAGACAGACCCCCCGCCAAGUAACACGGUCGUCAGGGCAGUAAGUGCAGCAAACGGAAAACGCAUCCCUGUUAUUAUAGGCGCAGAUGCAAACGCACACCAUACACUAUGGGGUAGCACCAACAUCAACACACGAGGUAUCACAAAGGGACCAACAGGACCCAAGUGUGCGUCUUUGCAGCCUGAAUACCUAACCUAACCUACCUUCGUCAAUAGAAUCAGAGAAGUAUUAGAUAUAACUAUAUGUUCAGAAGAGCUUAUAAAC